CCUAUUGAAAAAUGAAAAAACGAAACAAAAAAAAUUAUAUUCUUCAGUUUGUAUUUCAUGAUUUAAUAAACACUCUAUAAACAUAUGUGUUCCUUCCUUCAUCUCUUUUUAAUUGUUUGUAUGAAUAAUUAACUAACUUCAGUUUUUUAAUAAGCUUUCUGUAUAUAAAAAAUUUCUAAAUUCUAAUAUAUUUACAAAAACAAAUUUACUUCCUAAAAGUAAUUUAAAAAUUAUACUAUAAAUUAAUAGGAUCUAAAGAUCAAAUUCUUGUGUGCUAGAAUGACUACUCCAGGUACACAACUUGAUAGCGACAGAACAUUAUUACAAUUCAAAAACUAUGAAGAAUAUUUAAAUUCUUUGGUAACUCCUGUGGAUUUCUGUUAUUUAAGAAAUACAAAAGUUGCAAGUCAAUUAGCAGAACUUGGUUAUAGAUGUACAGGAGAAACUUUAGAUAAAGAUGCUUUCUAUCAACGUCUACAAAUUGUCAAAGAUUUAUUGUAUCCAAUUCCCAAAGCAUAUCAUCUUACUUCUGAAUUUUUAAUUCCUUUCGACCCGCUUAUGCAAGAACUAGCAAUCCGCGAACGAUCUAACAGACUACAUAUAUUAUCAACCGUUAUAUUUGUACGACAUAAUCCGCGACUUCAAGUCGAAGUGUCAGGCUAUAUAGACUACAACGAAAGACUUAAAACGGAAGAUUGGCAACCAUAUUUCGAAGGAAAAAGAAAGCUUUGGCCUAAAAUUACAGAUUUAACAUACUAUCAUUGGAAAGUAGGAAAAAUGCAAGUAAAUGUUUCAUCAAAUUAUGAACCAGUAAUAGAUUCAAAACAUGGCCUUUUACUUAAGAAUGUUCAUGAUAGAAAGUAUAUUAAUGUUGAUCCAAAGGCAAUUACACCAGGUGUAGACACUACAAGAAUACGCAUAUAUAGUGAUGCAUAUAAACAUGUUAUCUUAUACGAUCAUGUAAUUAGAAGAGUUGUUGUUGAAUGAAACAUAUUUGUUUUAUAAUAAUGAUUUCGUAUGAAAAACAAUUAAGAAAAGUGCAUAAUCUUUUAUUAUUUAAAAAUAAAAUAUUUUAUAAUCAAAAUCAUGCAAAUAUAUAAUCAUAAAUAUUUACUUACGUAUCG